AUGGAUGCGCGGCGCCUCGAGCGGCCCCUGCGGCACUUCUGGAGGAGCACUGGCUUCUGCCCUCCUCUGCCUCAUAGCCGAGCUGAUCUAUUUGACCUGAGCAAAGACCAAGAGAUGAAUCUUGCCUACAUUUCUUCUGUUCCGCAUGAUGGCAUUGAGCAAGUUCGAAUUCACUGGUUACUGGAACUAGUUACUGUCAGGGUGACAAAUGGAAAACUUCACUACAAUUUUACUGCCUUGGAUAACCUUAUGGAUCACCUAUGGGAGAAUAAAUUAAUUCCAGGAUUUGAAUUGAUGGGAAGUCCAUCAGGAUUUUUUGUAAAUUUUGAAGAUAAAGACCAGGUAGUAAGAUGGAGGAACUUAAUUAGACUUCUGGCCAGGAGAUACAUAGGUCGAUAUGGAUUGGAACAUGUUGCUAAAUGGAAUUUUGAAACUUGGAAUGAACCAGAUCAUCAUGACUUUGAUAAUGUGUCUAUGACAGUUAAAGGGUUUCUCAACUAUUAUGAUGCUUGCUCAGAAGGACUAAGAGCAGCCAGUCCUCUACUGAAAUUUGGUGGGCCAGGAGACUCCUUCCACCCCUUCCCCAAGUCACCCAUAUGCUGGAGUCUUCUACAUCACUGCUACAAUGGAACCAACUUCUUCACAGGAGAGACUGGUGUUAGGCUGGACUAUAUCUCUCUCCAUAAAAAGGGAGCUGGGAGUUCUCACUACAUCUUGCAACAAGAAGUGGACACAGUUGAGCAAAUUCAGAAGCUCUUUCCAAAUUUUGCUUCUGUUCCCAUAUACAAUGAUGAAGCAGAUCCGAUGGUUGGAUGGUCAGUUCCACAGUUGUGGCGAGCCGAUGUCACCUAUGCAGCUAUGGUGGUAAAGAUAAUCAUCCAGCAUCAAAACCUGCUGAUUUCCAACCCUAACAACACCAUCAAUUAUACUUUGCUGAGUAACGACAAUGCCUUCAUGAGCUACUACCCCCAUUACUUCACCCAGAGGACUCUAACUGCACGGUUUCAGAUGAACAACACAAAGCCACCACAUGUCCAGAUGGUGCGGAAACCAGUACUAACUGUCAUGGGCUUACUGGCACUCCUAGGAGAAAAGCAGAUUUUUGCAGAAGUACUCAGCAGUGAUGGCAAGAGCGCAGAGAACAGCACGGUUGGCGCCCUGGCAUCUCUGCACACACCAUCUGAGCAGCAGACGUCCGACAGCUGGCAAGUGACUCUACUGUUAUAUUUAAGUGAAGAUAACAGGACUUCAGCCAACAUCAGUACUGUCACUGUGAAUGUCACCCAUUUACCCAGAUUUGAAGAUCUGGUCUAUGCGACAUACUAUCUGGACAACAACCAAACAAAUCCCUACCUGACAUGGAAAAAACUAGGAAGCCCUGACUUUCCUUCGCCAGAACAAUUCCAGCAAAUAAGGGAUGCUGAGGACCCCUUGGCAUCGGGCCCAUUCCCAGUCCCUGAAGGUGGCGCCCUGAUCCUGAAACAAGAUUUCCCUGUUCCUUCUGUAUUUCUCAUCCACAUAUGUGCAAGACCUAGUUCUGUUCCUGAUCAAGUGACUGGUGUUCGUUUGAUCCCUCUCACGAAGGGGCAGGUUAUUGUGUUGUGGGAUGAUGGCUGUGUGAAUUCAAGAUGUAUAAAAACAUUUGAAGUGGAAUUCUCAUCAGAUGGAAAAGCAUAUCAGAGGAUUAAUGCCAAAGACACAAUAUUCACUCUCUGGGUCUACAGUCCAGGAAGCUCAGUCUCCGGCUUUUACAGAGUGCGUGCCAUUGACUACUGGGGGAAGGCUGGCCUGCCCUCUCUUCCUGUAAAGUAUGUCGAGACUUUCAAGCAAGUCUGAAGAGUGGUGCCUGGCUUGGUGGCUGGGUGGUGAAUGCUCCCCUGCGGAUGACAACUCUCCAGAAAAAUAUACUCCUCCCAAGCUGAGGAGGGAGUACAGAACGGACCCAAUGAAGCAAGCUAAGAAUGCAAGUUAGAAGCAACUGCCUCUAUUAACUCUUCAGAACUCAAAGGCAACUUUACCAAGCAAGCAUAUCCAACAACCCAACUGGUAGAA